CACCUGCAGAUUAGCCCACGGGCAGUCUGAACACAUGUUUUUGGAAUCAGCAAAGUAGGAGCACCCACAAUUUGUUUGUAAUUUACAGAAGCAUGAAAAGUUUCAUCAUAGCAAAAAUCAGCACUUUGUCGCAUGGUCUCGUGUUGCCUUCUGUUCUGGUCUGGCUUUUUACUGUAAAUUCGGUGUGUGUGGCCUCAGUGCUUCGGCCCCUGACGCCCUGCUCCGUCCUGCAGAGCCCAGCUCCGUAAGUGUCUGUACCUAAAAGCCCCUUUCUCCCUAACCUUCGGCUUCAGCUCACGAGUCCUGCCUAGCCUGGGCAGAUUCUUGAAAUGUUUGCCCGUCAGCAGCCUCUCAGAGAGGAACGUCAAAUGCUGCUGUGAUGUCAAAGCAGCCCCAAGGAGAAGGGCCUGGGCCAAACGCAGUUUGUCACUUGUGGCUGUGGCAGAGCGGGAGAUAAGCCAAGCACAGGCCAGAGAACCCGGCCCUCCGCGCCCGGACACCUGCGGGCUGCGGGUCGGUGCCGCCGGGUAGGGACGGGUCGGCUACCCAGGACGAUGAGCUUCCAGGCACUGUCACCUCAGUGAAGACCAGAGGUGUGCAGCUCUUCCGUUUCUUCCCUUCGCCUGUGUCAAGCCUGCACCAGGAUGUCAGGAGCCUCCAAGGAGGGUCGGGGACCCCGGGGGCUGCCAGUGUCCGGCAAGGCCUGCUUGACCGCCAUGGACAAGAAGCUCAACGUGCUCAACGAGAAGGUGGACAAACUCUUGCAUUUCCAAGAAGACAUCACAGAGAAACUUCAGUGCGUGUGCCGAGGCAUGGGCCACCUGGAGCAAGGCCUGCACCGGCUGGAGGCCUCCCGGGCUCUGGGCCCGGCGGGGGCCGACGGUGCCCCUCCGGCUGACGCUCAGGCCGGGUGGCCGGAGGUCCUGGAGCUGGUGAGGGCCACGCAGCAGGAUGCCGCCCAGCACGGUGCCAGGCUCGAAGCCCUCUUCAGGAUGGUGGCGGCUGUGGACAGUGCCAUCGCUUUGGUGGGGGCCACGUUCCAGAACUCGACGGUGGUGGAUUUCAUCAUGCAACGGAGUGUCCCCUGCAGGAAAGGCAGCCUGGCCAGUGGCCCCGAGGAGGUUGGUUUCUGCUUCCCUGUCCUGGCUGAAGAGGAGGCCCAGGGCCCUGGUGGGGAGGCUGGCCAGGCAGCUAGUCUCGGGAGAGCUGGAAGGAUGCUGUCCCCUUCUCCUGCUUCCGGUGUGACCUGUGGUGGGAAAAAGGAGAGCGUGGACCUUACAGAGAGCCAGAAGGUGGACCUGCCAGAGGGGACAGUGGCGAGGCUGCCCCAGGUCAGCGCUUCAGGGAUGGGAGCUGAUCACCUCACCCAGGAAGAGGCCUCACCAGGGCAGGGGGUUCCUGGCCCCAGCCAGGUGCCUCCUGGCCACCUGCCACUCCCCAUAGAAUGGGGGGCCAAGGCUCCUGAGACUUCCGGCGAACACCCCGGGACUGGCCUGGAAUUGCCUGUGGCACCCGACAGGGUCAGUGAGGUCCCCACCAGCCAGGAGGUUGCAUCAAGUACAGGACAAGGAACAUCAUCCGGCAGGCCUGACUCUAGGCCCUCAGAGGAGGGCAUGAGCCUGACUUCAGGGCCCAGCCCCCCACCCCGGGGGCCUCCAGGACUGCCAGCCCAGGCCAGGGCAUCUCACCACAAUGGAGGAACUCCUCCAAGGACCUCCAUCCAUGUGCAAGAGACGGACACUCCUGGGGGGCUGCUUGUGACAGGAGGUGGCAGUCUUAGACCCACAGAGGCUCCAGCAGCUGCCCAUCCAGGUGAGCAGAACCCACUUGGACCCAGGUGCUGCCUCCAAGCUCCUGGGACUGAGUCAGGAGAACAGACGCCCCAGGGAGCCGGAGUGUUCUCCCCGCCGCAGGAGAGGAACAGCCGUCGGGGAGCAGAGGCGGAGGGGACUCGGGGGGCUGGGGCCGAGCCCGCCAAGAGACCGAGUUUGGCCAGGAGGGAUGAAGAAGAUGAAGCUGCCGGGGGCCCGGGCCUGCAGCAGGACAAAGGCCCGGGGGCAACAAGAAACCCUGAGCCCAGGAAGGAUAGCACGGCGGGCAGCCCAGGAACAGCAGAGGCAGGAAGGAGGUCACCCCUGGGUGCUGAGGCUGGCCGCGUGGUUCUGGAUGACAGUCUGGCCCCACCAGCCCCUUUCGAACACCGGGUGGUGAGUGUCAAGGAGACCUCGAUGUCGGCGGGUUACACAGUGUGCCAGCACCAAGUCUUGGGAGGGGGCCGGUUCGGCCAGGUCCACAGGUGCACAGAGAAGUCCACAGGCCUCCCCCUGGCAGCCAAGACCAUCAAAGUGAAGAGCGCCAGGGACCGGGAGGACGUGAGGAACGAGAUCAAUAUCAUGAACCAGCUCGGACACGCGAACCUGAUCCAGCUCUACGACGCCUUCGAGAGCAAAAGCAGCUUCACCCUCAUCAUGGAGUGUGUGGACGGGGGUGAGCUCUUCGACCGGAUCACGGAUGAGAAGUACCACCUGACUGAACUGGACGUGGUCUUGUUCACCAAGCAGAUCUGCGAGGGUGUGCGCUACCUCCACCAGCAGUACGUCUUGCACCUGGACCUCAAGCCGGAGAACAUACUGUGCGUCAAUCAGACAGGACACCAAAUUAAGAUCAUUGACUUUGGGCUGGCCAGAAGGUACAAGCCUCGGGAAAAGCUGAAGGUAAACUUUGGCACUCCCGAGUUCCUGGCUCCAGAAGUCGUCAACUAUGAUUUCGUCUCGUUCCCCACGGACAUGUGGAGCGUGGGAGUCAUCACCUACAUGCUACUCAGUGGCUUGUCCCCAUUUCUAGGGGAAACAGAUGCAGAGACCAUGAAUUUCAUUGUGAACUGCAGCUGGGAUUUCGACGCUGACACCUUUGAAGGGCUGUCCGAGGAGGCCAAGGACUUUGUUUCCAGGUUGCUGGUCAAAGAGAAGAGCUGCAGAAUGAGUGCCGCACAGUGCCUGAAACAUGAGUGGCUGAAUAAUCUGCCUGCCAAGGCUUCAAGAUCCAAAGUUGGUCUCAAAUCCCAACUAUUGCUGCAGAAAUACAUGGCUCAGAGAAAAUGGAAGAAACAUUUCUACGUAGUGACUGCUGCCAACAGGUUAAGGAAAUUUCCAACUUGUCCCUAAUCUUCAGUUCUGCUGUUCCAAUGGGCCCAGAAGUUAUUGAAGCCAGUGGUGAAGUGAAGUGAAGAGAUGACUCAAGAUUUUAAAUAAUCUGCUUUUUAUCUUAUCAAUUCCACUUAUUUUGUCAAGAAAGGUUAUGGCUGCUGCCUUUCUUGUGGAUGAAAAAUGGCUCUAAAGAAAGCACCCUAAGAACUAUUUUCUGCCUUGUAAGAUCACUAAGUUUGAAAUGCUGUGUUUCCUUUCUUUUCAAGUAACCUACUUUUGGUGGUAAGUGUAGGCAUGCUUUAGGUAGGUGGGAAAGCUCCUACUUUGCAUGUGUCAAAUUUAUAUUCUAAACUUACUCUGAUUAAAGAGCUCUGUAGACUAUUUCACAGGGGCAUGCUACUCAGUAUUAUCUCCUCCAGUAUAAGGAAUUCCUAGGAUUUUGAUUUGCUUGGGUGUGAGCUGACAUUUUACUACCCUACUCUGGUGUCAAGCAACAUGGAUCCACGACAGUGAUCCUCCAACUUGUUUUAAUGUAUGCUCCCUUUUGAGAAUCAAUGUCAUUGUUUGAAAUUUCAAAAUAUAUCAACUAUCAUGCUAAAUCA